AUGCAUCCUGUAAUUGUAUGCUUGAUAGCAGGGAUAUCAAUUCUAGGAUCCAAAUAUCUUUUACAGCAAUUAUCAACUCGUCCGAAUACAGCCAAACAAGAGCUUGCAAAUACCAUAAAAGAGCUAAAAGAGCAAGCAGAAGAGCUAAAUAAUCCAUCAACUUUUGCUGCUUUCUCAAAACUUCAACGCAGAAUAAACACAUUAGAGCAGCAGCUGGGAAAAAUGAAAGAGCAGUCAACAAGCUCUGAGAUUGUGCUGAUUAUAAAGAUCAUGCCUUAUGCUUUUGCCUUUCUUUUCUUAGGCAGCUAUUAUAACUUGAACAUUCAUGGCGCAGAUAUAUACUGGCCUCUUAAUUCUAUUCUAGGCUAUCAAGAAGGAAGGAAUUAUAUGCUUUCUCUUUUUAGCUGAUAUUUGGUUUCUCUUAAUGUUAUAAAACCAUUUCUUUAA